AUGUUAACGCCGGACGAAGAAAGUAUCAGACGACGGGGAGUUAUCGGUUCUGCUUUGACUAGACUCAACUCUUCAGGUAAAUACUCCUUUUCCUCUUUUUGUCAUCAUUAAGCAAUUCUAACACCGUAGAUAACUUGUUGAAGGUUCGAAGGGAGGCUCCGUUCCUUUAAUAUUAUCCUUCGAUGCUGAAAGACCGCAAACCUCUUCCGAUGAAGAUUAUCGAGGAGGAAUUCUGGGGUCCGAGCUUGGAAAACGAAAAUUGGGAUGGAGAAACUCCGAAAACUUCAAGAAUUCGUCGACUUCCUCAGAUUCCUUGGACUUCAGCUCUGGGAUUUUGGGCCGAGCAUUGGCUGAAGAAGGACGGAGAGUCCAACAGAUCAGCGAAGAAGAAAAGAAGAGACUUCCAACACCUGAUUUCAGAAGGGCUUUCCUCGCAAAUAAGACAAGACAUUCGCUCAACACUCCCAGAACUCCCGAAAACGAAGAAGUUCACAAUAAUGAAAUUUCCUUACUUGAAACCUAUUACAAAAUGGACAAAAAAUAUGGAUUACUGUAUUUUGCGAAGAAAAAAGAUUGGCCUAUGGUUCAGAAAAUUCUAAAUUCGCAGGCGAUCCAUGAACUCAGUUUGGUCGAUGAUGUAGGUUUUACAUUCAGACUUUGAGAAACAGAAUUUAGGAGGGAUAUACGGUCCUUUAUUUGGCCAUCAUAGCUUCAAAGACUGAGAUUGUUAAAGAACUCUUGGAACAAGGAGCGGAUCUGUAUUAUGAAACAAAGGAAAGGAUGAAUGGAACUCAUAUUUGUGCAAAAUACGGGAACGUCGAGACGACUAAACUCUUGGCAGAUUCCAAAGCCGACUUUUCGAUUCCAGGAGUACGUUUUAAAAGUUUUUUGAAGGAUGACCCGGACAUUUCCAAAAAACGACCAACUCAGAAUCUUUUAAUAUUUUGCCUAGUUGCUGUACCAUGAUAGCUGAAUGUCGGCACGAAUUUUUAGUUUUGGAAAUUACCGGGUUACGGUAGGUAGAAUUUGCAGAAAGAUUGCGUUCGUAUUUAAAAACACCAAGGAGUAAAAGGGAAAACCCUCGCCGUUUUACGUUUUCGACCAUGGGGAACAUUUUUAUAAUUGACACUUCUGUUCUAGGAUGUAGUCUUCAACUACUUUGAAAAAUACCAAGGUACCAUGUUCAGUCUAACUUUUUGGCAUAUAACUUGUCUCAACUUUUGAAACCUUUUGAAUACACUUUUACAUAGGCUUACCAACAUAUAAAAAAUGCAGAAAAAUAAAAAUGGGGGGAAGGUUUGGAGUUACGGCACUUUUUAUGUUGGACAUACACCUCGACUUAAUUUUGGUUACGUAUGUAGAUUGUUUUAAAUACAAAAUGUAAUGCCUUGUGUAUGUUGUACGACCAUCGCGAACUAUUUUAACUUCGAGAUUCGUAAUAUUUGGGCUCACGCAUACUGUAGCAUGUACAACACCGGUGUGCAGAUAAUUGGUUACUGUAACAGCAAGAUCAGCAAUUUCUUAAAUUUUUACACCCACUUUUUACAUCUGUUCCACACCGAUUUAAGAAAAAUUAAGGAGUUUUUUCCUUUUGCUCCUUGGUGUUUUUAUACACGAACCCAAUCUUUCUGAAAAUUGUACCUACCGUAACCCCCGUACACGGUAACUUCCAAAACUAAAAAUUCGUGCUGACAUUCAGCUAUCAUAGUACAACAAAUAUGCAAAAUUUCAAAGGAUUCUGAGUUGGUCGUUUUUUGGAAAUGUCCAGCCCUUAUGAGAAGCCUAAAUCUUUAAAAGCUCUCUUUUAAAAUGUUGUUUUACGUGGUUUAGAAGAACAAUAUGUUACCCAUUCAUUUUGCCUGUACUAGAACUUCGAUGAACUCUUAUGGAGUAGCCGAAACCAUCCUGAAGACUUAUCCGACUUGUCGAUUAAUCAAGGAUUCCGAAGGUCGUCUUCCUGUCCACGUGGCCAUUCAAGUGGGGAAUAUUCCGCUAGUACAACUUUGCUUAUUUCGGGAGAGUACGGCCCAAAUUAAAGCAACAAAUGUGAAGGGAGACACGUGUCUGCAUAUGGCAGCUCAUAAAGGUAAUAAAAUUAUUUAAAGAUUUCGUCCUACAGCACGCCAAUUUGUCUACACACAAAAAAUGGAAAAAAAAUAAUUCGUUAAAAUCGGGGUUUUGUCAAAAUCAGAGUUUUUAAACGUAGGAUCUUCCUAAUUUUAGGAACCAUUACACUUUGAAGUAUGGGCUUUCAUAAAUGGGAUCCUUUGAGGGCAACGGUCCAUUAUGGGAACAUUUCUGAAAUCUUUGCGAAUAUCCUCAAGACCUUUGUAUCUCUGUGAAAAAUGUGUAUUUUAUGUGAUUUUAAAAUUUUUUGUAAAGAUAUAAUUUUUGGAAUUUUUUAAGAGUACUCGAUUUAGUGGUUUUCGGUAGAGCUGAUUACAAAAAUCAUGUUAAAUUUUUUUAUAAAGUGUUCUUUGAGUGUAACUUCACUCAGACUCAACAGAAUUUGAUGAGUCUCGGCGACAGAGAAAGGCAGAAAUUCUUACAAAGAUUGAAAUUGCGAAAUGUUAUGUCAGAUUGUGCAACUUUUAACCUUGUACUAUAUUUGCAGAGUUCGGAUGGACUCUUGCGGAGAGAUUUAGAAGUCCCGAGCCAUAUAUCCUUCACCAGCACAAUUUUUCGGAUUUUUUGAGGUCCUUUAACGACAGGGCGAGUUAAAAAAUUACAGCUUAAGGGUUAAACUUGCUCCUUUUUACCUUAAUUAUGUUAACCAUGGCCUUUCAAACUGCUGGCCAGAGUAUCAAAAGUAUCGCGCAUGAAGAUUGUUGGAGCAACAUUUAUAUUUGAGAACAAACUACACUAAAAGGCGAAUAUUCAUUGCCCUUGAUAUGACCAGCUCUCAAAAAAGUAAAUAAUACGUCGAAUAAAAAAUUUUUACAAGGCUGCAGGGUCGCUGAGGAUAUCUGCAAUGAUUUCAGAAAUCUGCCCGUAUGUAAUGGACGGACACUUUUUUUAGAUAUCAACAUGUUUCGGGCCAUUUCUGCUUUGUGUGGAGAAGAAGAAGUUAACGCUCCAAAUGAACUGGGCAGAACACCAUUGCAUGAAGUGGCUCAAUUUGGAGACGAGGCCAUGUUGAGAAUUCUGUGGAAAAUGAAUGCGGACGUCAAACUGUUCGAUCACGUAUGUCCUUGCAUUAGGUUCGGAAUUUUUACGCGUCAGAUCAAAUCUUACAUGAUCGUCAAUAUAGGGACAGAAGACGCUCGGCCGAGGGUUGACUUCCAGAAAAAAAACAAAAAAUUCUCGGGUCGCGAUAGUUCGGGUCAACGAUACCAUUUUAUAGGUAAUCGAGAGAUUAGGUCUGAACAGUGCACCUGACGAAUUUUGAAAUGUUUUCGUUUCGGGACAGGAAAAGAAACAUUUUUUUGCACAGAAUUGAACGAAAUUUGAAAUGUUUUCGUGGACGGGAAAAAAAAAAAAAAAUGGAAUGAUUUACUUGUUAUUUGCAUACAAUCAUUACGACUAUCUUCUUACUCAACCCUCUGUUACAAAUAAUGAGUAAACCCUUCCAUUUCUUACCCCGUCCCGAAACGAAAGCGUUUCAAAUUUUUUUCGAAUUCUCCAAAAUACAGGGUGGUUCAGCCGAAGCUUCCAUCCUUAUUUCAAGUAUUUCUCCGCCGAUAAUGCACCAAUUUUUAUAAAAUUUAUAUCAAAUUGGAGCUGAGGUUCCCCAUUUUUUGUCCACCAAAUAUGACAGGCCCCAGUUCAAGAAUACCCCCGUACUGACCUUUGACAUUUUCAUUCCAAAUUUUGGGGCCCGAAAUCGGUGAAACUUAGAAAAUUUUUGGAAUGAUUUUCAAUCGAGUUUCUCGGACUUGGAAAAUAUUCGAGUCUUUGGCUAAAUAAGACAUUUAGAUGUAGGUGAAAAAAUUGACGGCAGUCAACGGAAUACUCCUAAUUAAUCUGAAAGCAUCGCUCUUGUGUUCUGGGGUAAUAGGCUUCGUUAAUCGAAAUUUUAAAAAAUACGAACAAAUGGGCGAAACUGUCUAUGUGGAUGACGAAAUCCACCCUGAAGAUAAAUAACGAGUUGUAAGUCCUGGAUUGCCCGAGAAAAGAGCUUUCGUUUUCAAUCGCUCGAUUUGGUGCCGCGCCGGAUUGAAAUAUGCUUUUUAGGCACUUGCUACUUCUGUAAACCUUACCUUUUUUUAAAAAUUUUCAUCGAAUUUGGCGACUUUGUUUUUGCCGGAAAUCCUAAAAUUUUCCAAGUCCGAGAAACUCAAUUGAAAAUCAUUCCAAAAAUUUGCUAUGUUUCACCGAUUUCGGGCUCCAAAAUUUGGAAUAAAAAUGUCAAAGGUCAGUACGGGGGUAUCCUUGAACUUGGGCCUGUCAUAUUUGGUGGACAAAAAAUGGGGAACAUCAGCUUCAAUUUGGUAUAAAUUUUAUAAAAAUUGGUGCAUUAUCGGCGGAGAAAUACUUGAAAUAAGGAUGGAAACUUCGGCUGAACCACCCUGUAAAUUACAGGGUCUUUCAAGAAAUGUGCAGGAAAGUAGGAGGCUAUAACUUUCGGCGGAGGCGGCGCAGAGAGUUCGUUUUUUGGAAUAUGUAUUUUUCAGUGACAUUAUUUUUUGCCUACGAAAUAACAAGAUUUUUAAGUGCAAACUGAGGUCGCUACAACCUUUUGAAAAAGGGGUCUUUUACCCCGAAAACCAGGGUUUUUCGGUUGAAAAUGAUCGAGAAAUUUCAGAGUUUUUCGGUCGAAAAUCACCGAGAAAUGUCGGGUUUUUUGGGGGGUUUCGAUAGAGCUGACGUUGAAAACAGGGAAGGAAAUUGCCAACACGUUGAAAAUUAAGCAAAAAUUCGGCUAGCCUCAACUUGGGGCAGAUUUCGAGUUUAUUUUCAGUGUUCCGUUUGUGGAUUUGGGGGACCUGGAAUUGGCUAGACAAGGCACCUGAAUGUCUGUGAAGUCUUUAAAAAACUAGUCAAAGGGGUGUAAUGGGCGUCAAAGGGCAGGAAUGACAACCAAACUUUUAAACUGCUAGCAAAAACUGGUUGGCUAGCAGUAAAGUGUCGAAAUAAAGAGUAGCCGAAUAUUUGCUUAAUUUUCAACGUGUUGGCAAUUUCCUUCCCUGUUUUCAACGUCAGCUCUAUCGAAACCCCCCAAAAAACCCGACAUUUCUCGGUGAUUUUCGACCGAAAAACUCUGAAAUUUCUCGAUCAUUUUCAACCGAAAAACCCUGGUUUUCGGGGUAAAAGACCCCUUUUUCAAAAGGUUGUAGCGACCUCAGUUUGCACUUAAAAAUCUUGUUAUUUCGUAGGCAAAAAAUAAUGUCACUGAAAAAUACAUAUUCCAAAAAACGAACUCUCUGCGCCGCCUCCGCCGAAAGUUAUAGCCUCCUACUUUCCUGCACAUUUCUUGAAAGACCCUGUAAAAGAGACUUCGCCAGUUGUGGAAGGAGGGUCUGCCCUAGAAUUUGACCCCCACUUUUUUCUGUCUCAACUGAUGACAUAUAGGCUGUUAAACAACUUGGUGAAUUUUUUUCGAAAAAUUCGUCAUCACGACCGAGAUAUGACAUAUUUAUUGAAUUUCGUUUAAUGUGAUAUAUUGUGCUAAUAUAUCGCCGAAACAUCGCAGAACUGAGUACACAUACGUUAUAGGCCAUGCUGAACAACUUUGCAAUUGACCCCAAGUUUGUCAGGUUACUGUAACAUACCGUAACGCCCAUGCUCAAUCAAUAAAUCUCGAUUUUCUCGAUUUUUUUCAAUAAUUUUCUCGGAAUUUUUUCGCAUUUUUGGAAUCAGCAUCAAAUUCUGCAUCGGAUAGACUAUAUGCGCGUCUCCAGAUAGGUGUACAAAAAUGUCGUGGCGCAACCGGUAGUGGGUCGGACUACCAUUCAAAAGGUCCCGGGUUCGAGUCCGGGUGUAAGCAAAAAUGCUCAAACGCGCUGGAAAUUGUACCAAAACAGUUUUAAUCUAUUGGAACUGUGUUAAAAAUAAAUAAUAAUUAACAUUGUUCCCUAAAAAGGCUAAAUUUUGGAUUUUACGAAAUUUUUGAAAAUCAUGAUUUUUGUGGGCCCAAAUCUGCCGAAGGAAUGAAAAUUUUUUGUAAGCGAUUUUUUUGUUUAGAAACAACGCAUGGCACGUAGAAAGACUAUUCCUCAAAGGAUUUCGUUCAAUUUUGCACAAAACACCACAAAAUUUUCGUAUUUUGGCAUAUGACAAAAAAUUGAAAUAAUGACUUUCAGGAGUGCUUACGCGGAAUCGUUUCCAGUUUUAUAGAGCAGUAUUUUGCGCUGCUUUCAAAUAUCUUUCUAAUAGCCGCGAAAAAUUUCCACAACAAAAUUUUACAUUUGAUAAUUUGUAGAUAUUCACAUAUUUCAUGAUGUUACAGUAUUCAAUCUUGUAAAAUUUGCUAAAAAUUCGACUCCCCACAGUGUAAAACAUGUGUAUCCACGUUUGAAUGACGUCACUUCUGCUUACUGGGUUCUGGCGGUGCUCUCCGAUUAAAACGAAAAAGUUCAACUUUUUGGUGUUUUGGGCAAAACUGAACGAAAUCCUUUGAGGAAUAGUCUUUCUACGUGCCAUGCGUUGUUUCUAAACAAAAAAAUCGCUUACAAAAAAUUUUCAUUUCUUCGGCAGAUUUGAGCCCACAAAAAUCAUGAUUUUCAAAAAUCUCGUAAAAUCCAAAAUUUAGCCUUUUUAGGGAACAAUGUUAAUUAUCAUUUAUUUUUAACACAGUUCCAAUAGAUUAAAACUGUUUUGGUACAAUUUCCAGCGCGUUUGAGCAUUUUUGCUUCCACCCGGACUCGAACCCGGGACCUUUUGAAUGGUAGUCCGACCCACUACCGGUUGCGCCACGACAUUUUUGUACACCUAUCUGGAGAUGCGCAUAUAGUCUAUCCGAUGCAGAAUUUGAUGCUGAUUCCAAAAAUGGAAAAAAAUUCCGAGAAAAUUAUUGAAAAAAAUUGAGAAAAUCGAGAUUUAUUGAUUGAGCAUGGGCGUUACGGUAUGUUACAGUAACCCGACAAACUUGUGGUCAAUUACAAAGUUGUUCAGCAUGGCCUAUAACGUAUGUGUACUCAGUUCUGCGAUGUUUCGGCGAUAAAUUAGCACAAUAUAUCACAUUAAACGAAAUUCAAUGAAUAUGUCAUAUCUCGGUCAUGAUGACGAAUUUUUCGAAAAAAAUUCACCAAGUUGUUUAGCAGCCUAUAUGUCAUCAGUUGAGACAGAAAAAAGUGGGGGUCAAAUUCUAGGGCAGACCCCCAUUUGAGCCUGCUUCAGCAACUCGCGAAGUGUCUUUUAAAACAUUGCGCAAAUUUCUGCUCCCUCCCUGUGGAGAUUUUUUUCUUUUUCCUCUGACAAGAAUUACGCAUUUCUUGUCUAGAAGCCUAACAGACAAGAAAUGGCGGUUUCUGGCCACGACACCCGAUUUGAUGCGUAUGUCACCAUCCUUAUAUGUUACAAUAACUCAGGAUAAAGAAAAAUAACGUUAGCAAUAACAAAAUUAGAAAAUUUGCACACAUUACAAGUCUUCGCCAAGUCUCUGCCAAGCCUUCGCCGAGAAUCCGCCGAGCAUCCAACGGCUUUGCCAGGCUUCGUAGGCACCUCUACAACCUUUUUUUGGGUCCACUGCUCUACGCCUUGUCGAUUUUGUGUUGACCUGAAUUGUCGUCGACCCGAAAAGUCGGGAAAUUUUACGCUUAAUGUCGCACUUUAAAUUUGUAGUCGCCUAGCGAAAAAGUGCAUGUCGCGUGGGUCAAACCGGGGAAUCACGGCGACAAACGCGAAAAAAAUGGGAAAAACGCAUAGUGAAAAUACUACGGACUUUAGAGGGUUUUCCUCGAGAGGAACCCCUCGUCGAGAGGAACCCCUCGCGAGGGGUUCCUCUCGAUUUUUCCGAAUAUGGAGGAAAUUUGUCGAUGUAUGGGGUUUUCGAGGGUGCUGAUUUCGAAAAUCAUGGUAGUUUUCCUCUUUAUAGUACUAUCUGGUACUAUACAGUAUGAGGUGAAAAUAUGGGCUUUUGGCGUUAAUGGUGUUGUUUUGAUGCUUAGUACUCCUCAAAAACACGUUUUAAAUAACUGGUACUGUUUAGUACUGUCUGGUACUAUGUAGUACAAAGUGAAAAUAGGGGUACUAAGCAACAGAACAACACCACUAACGCCUAAAGGCCAAAUUUUUACCUUGUACUACAUAGUACCAGACAGUACUAAACAGUACCAGUUAUUUAAAACGUGUUUUUGAGGAGUACUAAGAAUCAAGACAACAUCAUUAACGCCAAAAGCCAUAUUAUCACCUCAUACUGUAUAGUACCAGAUAGUACUAUAAAGGGGAAAGCUAACAUGAUUUUCGAAAUCAGCACCCUCGAAAACCCCUAAAUCGAGUAUUUUUAGAAAAAAUUCCAAAAAUUACUUUUUAAUACUACUACUUAAGAAAAAAGUAACAAUCAGAAAAAAUUUACAUCAUUUUCGAAAUCCCCGUCAUCGAUUACCUCUAUAUCCAACAUUUCCUACUCGGGGGUUCCUCUCAACGAGGGGUUCCUCCCAACAAGGGGUUCCUCUCGACGAGGGGUUCCUUUCGAUGGCAUUCACUUUAGAGGAUAUUUGCAAGGAUUUCAAAAAUCUGCCCAUAAUGCUUUCGGCCCAUAAUGGACGUUAAAACAACUUGGCUCUAAACAUUUUGUGAAGAAAUAUGUGCUUGACCUAAGUAUACCGCAUUUACCUAAUAUUACAAUAUUCAGAAAUGAAAUUAAGGCGGCUGUUUAGGAAGAGAAAACUCCAUUACAUGUUGCGGCGGAGAAUGGUCGAACGGAGAUUGUAGAGGCUCUGAUAGACAAGUUCCAUGCUUCCAUCAACGCCCGCACCAAGGACGGGAGCACCAUGCUCCAUGUGGCUGCUCAAGCAGGACAUUCUAGUACAGCUUUGACAUUUCUGAAGAGAGGGGUCCCUCUGCAUAUGCCUAACAAAACAGGAGCUCUUGGCAUUCACGCUGCUGCAGCUGCUGGGUUCAAUGAUGUUGUGAAGAUGUUGAUUUCCCGGGGCACAAACGCAGAUUGCAAGACUAAAGUAAAUCAUUCAAAUGCGGGAUGGUCAGUUUUUAGGACAAUUACACAGCUCUUCAUGUGGCCGUCCAAUCAGGCCAAGCAGCAGUUGUGGAGACUCUUCUCGGCUUUGGUGCUGAUGUUCAUGUUCAUGGGGGCCAGAUUGGAGAAACCGCUUUACAUGUGGCUGCCGCAACACCUGGGAGCAACACCGAUUGUGCACAGAUGCUUCUGAAAAGUGGAGCUCAGCCAAAUGUCAGACAAAAUGACAAUCAGACCCCGUUACAUAUUGCCGCCAAGAGCGGGAACACGGCCAUGGUGAAGUUGUUGUUGAACGAAGGGGCCGAUCCAACGCUCAUUUCUAAUGUAAGACCGUCUUUAUCGAGCCUAGUCUUCUUAGAAUGGCGAAACUCCAUUGCAUGUGUCCGCUAAGAAUUGUCAUUGUGAGAUUGUUAAAUUGAUUCUGAGCGAGUUGGCUAAACAACGGAGCAAGGAAAUGGUCAAGGAGUACAUUAAUAUACGCACGGAGGUCGGUUAGAAUUCCCUGGAUAUUUUUUUGCAGGAGGGGAAAACAGCGCUGCAUAAUGCUGGUGAGAUUUUACCUGGCUCUGCUCACUUUGAGAACGAAGAUGCCAAGUUAAUCAGCACUUUGAUUGACAACGGAGGACUGGUCGAAUUACAGACAUACAAUGUAAGGAAGGCUUUUCUUAAUGCGAUCAUUCCUUAAGGAUAACGAAACUCCUAUGCAUCUGGCAGCACGAUGUGGGAACGAAGCCGUUCUCCUGGCUAUUGUAAAUAAAAUUGGAGCUGGGUUGGUCCAAAUUGUUCAGAACAAAAAGUCCAAGGUAACAUACUUAACAGAAACCUCCAGUUUUAGAACGGCUGGUCCCCCUUGUUGGAAGCCUGUGCCAAAGGGCAUGUUGGAGUCUCCAGGAUCCUUUUGUUGCAUCAUGCCCGCAUCGAUGUCUUCGAUGAUUAUGGCCGCACAGCCCUUCAUCUGGCUGCUUCUAAUGGACAUCUCGAAUUGUGUAAACUCUUGUUACAGUACAAAGCAUUUGUGAACAGCAAGUCCAAGAACGGGGAAGCCCCUCUUCAUCUGGCUGCCCAGAAUGGUCAUGUCGGAGUUGUCAAUCUGCUCGUUCAAGAGCAUGGUGCCAGUGUUGAAGCAAUCACGUUAAACAACCAGACGGCUCUCCAUUUCUCUGCCAAAUAUGGACAACUGGGUGUCAGUCAGAAAUUGUUAACCCUCGGUGCCAAUCCAAAUGCUCGGGAUGACAAAGGACAAACUCCUUUACAUCUGGCUGCCGAGAAUGACUAUCCGGAUGUAGUGAAAUUGUUUCUGAAGAUGAAGCACAACAACAACGCCGUGCUUACAGCCAUUGACCAGAACGGAUUUACUUGCGCUCAUAUCGCUGCAAUGAAGGGGAGUUUGGCCGUAGUCAGGGAAUUGAUGAUGAUCGAUAAAGCGAUGGUGAUUCAUGCGAAAACUAAGGUAAAUAUGGCUUAUUAUUUCCAACAUCUUUAGACAAUGGAAGCCACUACUCUUCACAUGGCUGCUGGAGGAGGACAUGCAAAGAUUGUCAAGAUCUUGAUCGAAAAUGGAGCCAAUCCUGAAGAUGAGAAUAGUGUAAGUUUGGCUCAUAUCUCUUAAUCGGAUGCUCAGCAUGGAAUGACUGCAUUACAUUUGGGUGCCCGGAACGGCCAUGUCUCCAUUCUGGAUGCUUUUGAUAAAACUCUCUGGAGGAGGUGCUCUAGGAAAGUAAGUCCCACAAUUAAGUUAAAACUGAAGCUUGUCAGACUGGACUGAACGCCUUGCAUAUCGCUGCCUAUUAUGGCAACUCCGACUUCAUCAAUGAAAUGUUAAGACAUGUUCCUGCCUCGAUUAGAAGCGAGCCCCCCAUCUACAAUCAUUUGGUUGUGAAGGAGUUUGCCACCGAAUAUGGGCUGACUCCAUUACAUCUGGCUGCCCAAUCUGGGCACGAUGCUUUGGUCAGAAUGCUCCUUAAUCAGGGUGUGCAAGUAGAUGCCACGUCCACGACCAUGGUAUGUUGUCUAUUAGACUAAUCACUUGAGUCUAGAAUGUAAUUCCCUUGCAUUUGGCUGCUCAACAAGGACACAUAGCUGUGGUGGGGAUGCUUCUUUCGAGAUCCACUCAACAACAGCAUGCAAAGGAUUGGAGAGGACGGACUCCUUUACACUUGGCUGCCAUGAAUGGCCAUUAUGAGAUGGUCUCUCUUCUGAUCGCACAAGGCUCCAAUAUCAAUGUGAUGGAUCAAAAUGGAUGGACUGGAAUGCAUUUUGCUACGAAGGCCGGGCAUACGAAUGUUGUUAAACUGUUUGUGAAUAGCUCGGCCGAUGCUCAAGCCGAAACCAAGGAGGGGAAGGUGCCCUUGUGCUUUGCCGCAGCUCAUAACCACAUAGAUUGUCUAAAGUUCUUGCUAAAACAAAAGCAUGACACACAUCAAUUGAUGGAAGAUCGCAAAGUAAUCUUGUCAUCUUUUGAAAACGUUCCAAAAUACGCAGAUGCCAUAAUGGGCGUAUAUCGAAAACCCUUUUGAAGCAUUGGAUGUUAUAGGUGGGUAUUAGAUAUAUGAAAAGUAAUUUUUCAAUCCCGCGAGCCUCUCCGAAGCAAAGAGUCGUAAAAUCCAAUUGGGAAUUUUUGAAUAACGCCUGCUAGCUAGGACGUAGAGCGAAAAUAGCAGCUAAUAAAAGGUGAUCCUAGACCAGUUUUGACGCUCUUUCAAAUGGUACAUGUCUCAAUAAAAAACCGGGAUGCGCGGCUCCGACCCUUUGUGAGACAAAGUGCUCAUUUUGAUAUGUCACUGUUAACUGUAAGUGUAAAUUUUUUCAAAGUGUAAUUUUGAAAAAAAAAGUCUAAACUCUGGUCAAAGAUGUAAGGGUAUCAAUCGAAAGGGUUUUCGAAAAGCGCCCAUUAUGGCAUCUCCCCAUUCUGGUUUCUGCCCAUCAUGGACGUGCACGCGUCUUUUAUCAUUCUUCUUUCAGUUUAUUUUUGAUCUGAUGGUGUGUGGAAAAGGCAAUGGGAACGAACCACUUCAAGAUUUUAUUCUCCAAAGUCCUGCACCGAUCGACACUGCCGUUAAAUUGUCGAGUGUUUACAGGGAGAUGUCAGAGAAAGAGAAGGAGCGCGCCAAAGAUCUCACCAAUGUGGCGCAAUUUGCCGAGAAUCUGGCAGUGGAGUUGUUGAGUAUCACUGCCUCUGAAUAUAAUGCGGCGUUAUUAUUGAAAGCAAAGGAUAACCGAGGUCGUCCGUUAUUGGAUGUCCUUAUUGAAAACGAACAGGUGUGUUUAGAAACCUACAUUAAUAUAAUAUUUAAAAUUUCAGAAAGAAGUGGUUUCUUAUGCUUCAGUCCAACGUUACCUGACCGAAAUCUGGACUGGCCGAGUGGACUGGUCCUUCGGCAAGACCCUGACCUUUGCCGUUUUCGUCUUCUUUUGUCCCCCAGCAUGGUUUUACUUUUCGUUACCUUUGAACAGCAGAAUUGGUAAGGUCUGAGUCAUCUCUUGCCGUGUGCAUUGCUAUAUAGGGGCUGUAAUUGGCCAGACAAAAAUGUGUUACGAAAGAAGUAAACUUUUUUGGAAACGGUUGUUGCGCGACGUUGUGUCAGAUUUCGCAACUACAGUAACCAAACAAGAAACCAUGUUUUUGUUUGACCAAGUGACGAUCUGAACUACAUACGCCGUAUAUAUAUUCAAAUAACGGGAUGAUUUUAGGAAGAGCGCCAAUUAUUAAAUUUGUGUGUCAUGUGGUCUCCCAUGUGUAUUUCACCUUGUUAUUGACGAUAGUUGUUCUAAAUGUAACUCAUAAAAUGUAUGAGGUAACCUCGGUGAUACCGAAUCCAGUGGAAUGGCUACUUCUCCUCUGGCUUUCGGGAAAUUUGGUUUCAGAAUUGUCGAACAUUGGAAGUGGAUCUGGCCUCGGGAUUGUUAAAGUAUGUGUAACGAGAGAGAAGCCCCAAUUCAGGUCUUAAUCCUAAUCUUGGCAGCGAUCGCUAUCGCUAUUCACAUACUGGCUUUUCUCUUACCGGUUAUUUACAUGUCUCAUCUGGACAAUGACGACAAAUUACACUUUGCUCGAACCAUGUUAUACUUGAAGAACCAGUUGCUCGCCUUUGCUUUGCUGUUUGCUUUUGUGGAAUACUUGGACUUCCUGACAGUACAUCAUUUAUUUGGACCUUGGGCUAUCAUCAUCAGGGAUCUGAUGUAUGAUCUGACUCGGUUCCUCGUCAUCCUGAUGUUAUUUGUUUGUGGCUUCACCCUUCAUGUUACUUCCAUCUUUCAGGUCUGUUUUAACAUGUUUUUUAUGACCCAGAAGACAUUUUUUAGCCCGCUUAUCAACCAGUAGAUGAAGACUCUGCGGAAUUGAUGAGACUAGCUUCCCCUGGCCAAACUUUGGAGAUGCUUUUCUUCUCUCUGUUUGGAUUGGUCGAGCCUGAUAACAUGCCUCCUUUACAUCUGGUCCCUCCCUUUGGCAAGAUGGUUCUGAAACUUUUAUUCGGGAUCUACUUGAUGGUGACUUUGGUUGUUUUAAUUAACUUGUUGAUUGCUAUGAUGAGUGACACUUAUCAGAGGAUCCAGGCGCAGUCAGAUAAAGAAUGGAAGUUCGGCCGAGCCAUCCUAAUCCGGGCCAUGAAUAAGAGAUCGGCCACGCCCUCCCCCAUCAACAUGCUCACCAAGCUGUAUACUGUUCUUAAAGUGGCUUAUCGGAAUAGAUGUAGGUUUUUUGGAAGUCAAAUACAAUAUGUUUUCAACUGGUUUCAGUACGCAUCUGCACGCAAAGGGCUCAGCAAGACCUCAGAUACGAGGAGAACAUCGACGCGUUCUCCAUGAAUGGACAGAACGGCCGAGCUUCUCCCACGUUUAAAUUGGGCGGGAAUGAUAACGGUGAGUUUACAGAACAUUCUCAUUAAUAAUAAUUAUUAGAAGUCGCAAAUGAAGAAGCUGCCAACUCCCACAACAUGAACCUGGACACUGUGAUCGAUUGGAAGAGGAUAGUUGGAAUGUAUUAUCAGUUGAGUGGGAAGCAAAACCCCGCCGAGAUGGAUUCCGAACGAAGUUAA